AUGUCGAUCAAAUUAAGAAGUGUUUUUAUCAGUGAUCCGGUAGAUAGUUCUUGUGCGGAUUUACUGACGAGCCAUGGAGUUCCGGUGACGGCUAAAUAUAAACUUUCCAAAGAAGACUUAAUUCAAGAAUUGCAGAAUCAUGACGGUUUAAUCGUCCGUUCAGAGACUAAAGUUACCCCGGAAAUACUUUCAGCAGUACCUAAUCUUCGUAUUAUUGGCCGUGCUGGAACCGGAGUUGAUAAUAUUGAUCUACAAACCGCUACACGUAAUGGAAUUGUUGUCCUUAACACUCCGGGAGGUAACAGCAUCAGUGCUUGUGAAUUGACGUGUGCAUUUAUCUCAGCACUUGCAAGAAAUGUACCUCAGGCAGCUCAAUCAAUGAAGGAGGGUCGCUGGGAUCGUAAACUGUACUCCGGAUUUGAAUUGUCUGAGAAGACUCUGGCAGUACUCGGUUUUGGACGUAUUGGUCGUGAGGUAGCCCUCAGAAUGCAAUCAUAUGGAAUGAAGAUUAUCUGCUUUGAUCCGAUGCUUAGCGCUGAAGAUACGGCAAAAGUUGGUGCGACGAAACUCAAUUUAGAAGAAAUUUGGCCACUCGCUGAUUAUAUUACCGUUCAUACUCCACUUAUUCCACAGACAAGAAAUCUCAUAAAUGCUGAUACUUUGGCCAAGUGCAAAAAAGGCGUGAGAAUUAUAAAUGUUGCGCGAGGUGGAAUUGUUGAUGAAGGAGCAUUACUUCAAGCUAUUAAAUCUGGUUAUUGUAGUGGUGCUGCACUUGAUGUCUUCGCUGAAGAACCACCUAAAAAUCCCGUAACAUUGGAACUUAUCAAACAUCCUCAUGUUAUUGCGACUCCUCAUUUAGGUGCAAGUACGGAAGAAGCUCAAAAGCGUGUAGCAGUUGAAAUAGCCGAGCAAUUUCUUGCUAUUUCUGGUAUUUCUGACAAAUACAGAGUCACCGGAAUAGUUAAUGCACCCAUUCUAUCAGCCGCGACAUCCGAUGAAAACAGAUCGUGGAUAGAACUUUCGAAAAAGUUAGGCCGAUUAGGCGCACGUUUUCUUAAAAAAUCAUCUAACCAAAAACUUUCCAGUGCGCCUAUUGAAAGUCAAACUGUUGGUAACGGUAUGCUCGCCAAAAAGUUUGUUCAUACCGCUGUUCUUGUUGGACUACUUGAAGGCCAAACUAAAAAUGGAUUAAACUUGGUAAAUGCCCCGAUGUUGGCUAAAGAUGCUGGUAUCGAGGUUAAAGAAAGUCAUGCGGACGGUGAAAUUGAUGCAGUUAUCGUCAAAGUUGGUUCGCACCAAGUUAAAGGAACUGUUCGCAACAAUGAUCACGUACUGCUAUCUAUUAAUAACGAUAAUUUCGAAAAUGGUAUUAUUUUAAGAAAUUACAUGUCAUUUUACCAAGCAACUGGACCAGGCUGUCUCGCCAAUAUUGUUAAUAAAUUUUCAUCUAAAUCUGUUAUCAUCAAAAGUAUUAAUGCAAAUGGAAACUGGCUUGCUAUUGAAACUAAUGAAGAUGUAACUAUUACAGUUGAAAAUAUGGAAAAUUUGUAA